GCCAGCCCACCACCCCUCAUCCUCCCCGGGAGCUCGCCGAAACCUCAAACCCCAGAAACCAGCUGGUCGCCCUCCACAGAAAAGAAAAAGAAAAAAGCAGUGUGGAGUGAGAGAGAGAGAGGAAAGCAUGGAGGUCCUCGUCUCCACAACCGCGGCCUCCGCUCCCUUAUCCUCGGCCCGCGUCCACCGCCGGCCGCUCCCUGCCUCCGUGACCUUCCGCGCCCCGGCCCGACGAGGCUGGCGCUGCCGCUCCGCCGCGCCGACCAGGCCUGACCAGGUGCCGUCCGAGGAGCCCGCGUCGGCGUCGGGGUCCGCCACCACUACCGUCGUCACGGACAAGCCCGACGCGCCGGACGGGGAGGUCUCCGGUGGAUUUGUGGAGGUGACGGUGGAAGAUGCGCCGGUGUCGUCGCCCGAGGCGGAUGGCGGCGUGGACGACCUACUCGGCAAGUUGGACAUCCAAGUGACACCCACUACUGUCAUCCUCGGAGGCGGUGCUUUGAUUGCUCUGUUGAUCCUAUCUAAAAUCAUUUCUGCAAUUGAUUCUGUUCCCCUGCUUCCAAAUGUGCUGGAAAUCGUAGGAACUGGCUACUCAGUCUGGUUCAUCACACGGUACCUCCUCUUUAAGGAAAGCAGAGACGAACUGUUUGCGAAAUUUGAAGAUCUGAAAAACAAUAUCAUUUGAGCAGGGGAAGAGUGAUGAUGCUUUAGCAUACGUUUAGGCUUCACAGCCAGCUUAUUAUUUUAGGCCGUCUUCUUUUUUCAACUAUUGCUGAAAGAAAGAAACAAGUUGUGUUGUAAGCUGUUUCCUCUCAUCAAUCAACUGUAAUGAGAGAUCUGAGUUUUACUAGUGUGCUUGCUCGAAA